ACAAACCCGAUGUUGCGCUGCUGCUGAAGGCUUUUGAUCGUGUCCCUGUUGUGUAUGUAGCCUAUUUUCUCUAGACUUGUCUGAAUAAGGAAAUGUAAUAGGAAUCCAGCACCACCGAGGGUGAGAAGUGACUCGCUCUACAACGUAGACUACUGUAAUUUACUCCGUAAAUAAAAAGUAGCUAUAAACGCACGUAUGAAUGCUUUGAUUUACCUGGACUAUUGCGGAAAGACCAAGGAAGGUGAUAGCCAACAUUUACGCACGGAUUGGGUAUUCUGAUUUUUAACCAUGGGGAAAAGAGCCGCGCUGGCGACUUACGAUAAAGAGUUCAGCUUUGUCAGCCCAGUUGUCAAAUAUCUACUUUUCCUUUUUAACUUAAUAUUUUGGAUGAUCUCAUUGGUGUUGAUGUCUAUUGGCAUUUACGCGAGGAUGAUGAAACAUGCCGAGGCAGCCAUGGCCUGUCUAGCGGUGGACCCUGCCAUCCUGCUGCUGAUCGUGGGGGUGCUCAUGUUCUUCAUCACCUUCUGUGGCUGUGUGGGCUCCCUCAGAGAAAACAUCUGCCUCCUACAGACAUUCUGCAUCUUCCUGACUAUCAUCUUUCUGCUGCAACUAGCUGCAGGUGUCCUGGGCUUCGUCUUCUCAGAUAAGGCACGGAAUAAAGUGAGUGAGUUUAUCAACAAUGCCAUCGUUCAUUAUAGGGAUGACAUUGACCUACAGAACCUCAUCGACUUUGGUCAGAAAGAGUUCAGCUGUUGUGGAGGUGUCACCUACACCGACUGGUCUCAGAACAUGUACUUCAACUGCACCACAGACAACCGCAGCCGAGAGCGCUGCUCUGUUCCCUUCUCCUGCUGCCUGCUGUCUAAAGAUGAGGCGGUCAUUAACACAAUGUGUGGUCAGGGGAUGCAGGAGCUGCCAUUCCUGCAGGCUGGUGCCUUCAUCCACACCAAUGGCUGCAUCGACAAGCUGGUCAACUGGAUCCACAGCAACCUGUUCAUGCUAGGGGGCAUCGCCCUGGGUCUGGCCAUCCCACAGCUGGUGGGGAUCCUCUUGUCUCAGAUUCUGAUCAACCAGAUAAAGGACCAGAUUGAGCUUCAGAACUACAACCUGCAGCACCGUACUGACCCUUGGCAGUAACCUGGUCAUGAUCAAGUCCUACCCAAUCAAACUGGACCAGGACUAGGUCAUCAACCCCAGGGUCACCCAGGGGGUGUGGGAGUCUGGAAUUCAUCUGCUGGAUGGGGCUCAAGCUUUCAUGUAGAUGGUGUUUAUUUUCAAGGCUGCUUGAUCAUUUCAAUGGUGCAAGGACUGGCUUUGAGGCCAAAGAUUCUGGUUGGAUGAUCCACCAUUGACAAGAGUUGAGGUGGUCUGUUCUCUUUCUGCGUUCUUGACUCUCUUGCAUGUCUAUUGUUGUUCAGUAUAUAUUCUAACCAACUGAGCUACCAGAACCAACUGAGCUACCAGUGAAAUGGCUGAGAAACCAAGGUUCCGAAAAGGUCCAGAUGCCUGGACAGUGUCAAUGUGUGCUUGUUUCGUUUUAGCUCACCCAGUAUCCUGGAUGGGUGGAGUUUUCACUUUAUGACCAAUGGAAUGGUCAAUGUUGAAACUGCCCACCCUGUGCCCCAGGGGAGCUAAAAGGAACACAUCUAGUCAGGAAGUACUCCAGCCAGACAGGAAAUGGAGAACUCCUCCAUUCACACCUAUUCGCCAUUUGACUCCUCUCAAAUGUCACGAUCUGUAAUUUAUUGAAAAGGGAAAAAACCCAGCAACCGGAGUCCAACCCCUGCUGAAAUAAUGUAGACUCUGUCCAGUUACUUUUUUGUCAAUGCGGUUUACGACAUUGAUCUGCUAUUUAUAUCCAUCCAGUUAUCCGCUAAUACUCUCAUAGAGUUGAGAACAAGACAAUUCUGUCGGCCCUUCUCAAAUAUGAAAGUGCAAAAGCAAGUAAUGUAAUAAGCUCAUUAGCUUUACAGUCAAUUUAGCUUGUGUGUAUGUUAAAUCUCCCAACUAUAGUUUGCCAUGCAUGCUAUAACAAGUUUUAUAAACUGGGUUGUUUGAUCCCUGAAGCCUUUCUUUUUACUGCGCCAAUUAUGUUGGUAACCAGUUUGUAAUAGCAAUAAGGCACCUUGGGGGUUUGUGGUAUAUGGCCAAUAUACCACGGCUAAGGGCUGUAUCCAUGCACUCAGCGUUGCUUCUUGCCUAAGAACAGACCUUAGCCGUGGUAUAUUGGCGAUAUACCACACCCCCUCGAGCCGUAUUGCUUAAAUAAAUCAUUGCACCUACAGCCUUUACAGUAAAGUGUUACCCAAUUGAUUUCUACACAUUUUAAGGGAUAUUCCAAUUUAGUUUUACAUCAAAUCCAUUCACACAGAGUAAAUCGUUGUCCCCCCUUUACAUCCAGAACAGCCUGAAUUCUUCAGGGCAUAGAUUCAACACGGUGUGGCGUUCAAACGUUGCUCUAUUGGUAUCAAGGGACUUAAUGUUUGCCAGGAAAACAUUCCCCACACCAUUACACCACCGCCACCAGCAUGUAUCGUUGACACCAGGCAGGAUGGGGCCAUGGACUCAUGCUGCUUACGCCAAAUCCUGACUCGUUGGACCAGACGAUGUGUUUCCACUCCUCAGUUGUCCAGUAUUGGUGAUCGCCUGCCCACUGGAGCCGCUUCUUCUUGUUUUUAGCUGAUAGGAGUGGAACCUGGUGUGGUCGUCUGCUGCAAAUAGCCCAUCCGUGACAAGGACCGACGAGUUGUGCGUUUCGAGAUGCCGCCUGUUAGCUUGCACGAGUUUUGUUUGGCUCACCAUUCUCGGUAAACCCUAGACAAGCCCAGGAGACCGUCUGUUUCUGAGCUCCUGGAACCGGCACACCUGGCAUCGACGAUCAUACCACGCUCAAAGUCACUUAGGUGACUCGUUUUGCCCAUUCUAACAUUCAAUCGACAAUAACUGAAUGCCUAUCUGCAUGCUUUAUAGAGCAAGCCAUUGACAAGUGACUCACUGUCUGUAGGAGCGACCCAUUUUCGUGAACGGGGUGGUUUACCUAAUCAUCUGGCCACUAAGUGUAUAUUUCAAGCUAAAUUGACUGUAAAUACAUUCCUUUCAAUAAAGCAUAUCUUUUGGAUAUGAAGCAUUGUGGGUAUCCAUACAGACCAAUAAUGUAAUUGUAGUUUAUUACUCACUGAGCUACUAGGGGAUUUCCCCAUUUGAAAGCGCAACAGAAAGGCCUGAUUUUAUAAUAAACAUUCUUAUUUUCCGUAACGCCUUUUACACAAGCACUGGUGUUUAGAUUGGCAAGCAACACUGGAGUUUACGCUAAUGCUGUGACUCUCCAUAACAUACCCAUGUUGGGCCGUCGGCUAGCCCUGUUGGCAUUUCCCUUCACAGGGGUUGUGUUCAUUAGAGCACGCGACGGAAAAUGAAAUUGAGCGCUUCUUAUGGGACAAGUCCUGUUUUAGUCCGUUUUGUUCCUAAUGAACAUGACCCAGUUAGGUCCACUGGGAAUAGCAGUUUUUUCUCUCAAAAUGUGGGUCAACAUACUGUUACUGGUCAAGACUACUGGUUAGCACUGUAUUUAAACGGUAUAGGUGGGUGUGGAAUUCAUUCUAGUAACUGACCCAUGUAAAAUCCUAAGAAUUAACAUUAAAAAAACACUUUUACAUGUCAAAAUUAGUUCCACAAUUCUCCUUAGGUACAGAGAGUAUUUACUUUGACUCUACGUGGUAAAAUGGUAAUUACUCUCUUAUGUAAAGACAAUAUAUUGUGAAUUCUUUAUUUGUUUCUUUGGGAAUCAUCACAACAAGCACUCCAAUCCAUGUAUCAGCUAGUUGGUUACCAAUUGUGUUGAAUUCAUGUAAUUAGUGCCAGAAACUACCCAAUGACACCAUUCUAAUUGUCCUAAUAAACGGCAGGUAAAUACCAGUGGAAA